AUGGCUCAACGAACCAGAUCAGGCACUGUGAGCGGCCCUCACGCGGUAUCACUCAAAGUUUUGCGCCUAUCUCGAGCUACACUCGCAACACAGACGCCGCUUCCGCAAACUCAUUUUGGAUCUGGGCUGGACAUAUCUCCAAAAGCCUCUCUAGCAUACCCGAGCGCAGACGCGAAGUCGACGUCGCCGCUGACGCCCCUUCUAACGCUGCCUGCAUCUUUUGGGGCUGCUUACGUCGGCGAGACGUUUACAUGCACGCUAUGCGUGAACAAUGAGCUUGUCGAAGGCGACAAGAGCAGGAGCGUGAGCGGGGUGAAGAUCACUGCAGAACUGCAGACACCGGCACAGCAUGACGGGAUAUCCCUACAGCUCGAACACAGCUCCGACGCGACAGGAAGCACAGGGGAUGAUGCUACAGGUCAUGAAUUGAGUCCUGGCGGGACGCUGCAAAGAACAUUACGGCAUGAGUUGAAGGACGAAGGGCCGCAUGUGUUGGCUGUGACGGUCAGCUAUACCGAGACUUUACAUACGAGCGAAGGUGGCGCAAGCGGAGGCCGUGCCCGCACAUUCCGAAAACUAUACCAGUUCGUGUCGCAACAACUAAUCGCGGUGCGAUCCAAGGUUACCGAAAGGAAGAGACGUGAGACUGAGGGGCAUCGACAGUGGGUCUUGGAAGGUCAGAUUGAGAACGUUGGAGAGGUCUCCGUGGUGCUCGACAGAGUCUGGCUGAAGGAGCAAGGUGGAAUAAGCAGCCAGGCGUUGAACGGUGAGGUAGGACGACACGCAACUGUGCUGAAGCCCCAGGAUGUCGAACAGAUCAUGUUCUUGCUGUCGGAGGACAGUAUGGCAGAGCGUGCGGCAUCGAGAGUGACGCUUGCGCAGGUACACAUUGACUGGAGAAGCGGCAUGGGCGAGAAGGGAAGCUUGACAACAGCACCCCUAGCAAGCAGAGGAAGCUGA